AUGUCAAACGACGACGACGAUAUCCCCAUUUGGAACUCCGUCACCACCACGGAUCUCAAAGUCAAUACAGGCGUUGAUAAUACUGAGAAACCCCCGACGCCAGACGGGCCAACAGAUAGCCACGUACUAUCGCAGGUUGAGCAAGAAGACAAAGGCUUGAUUCAAAGAGCGGGAGAGACAACCGACAUCACUGACGUCGGAUGGAACAAUCUCGCGGACCACACUGAGCCUCUGAUUGCUGGCUUGUCAAAUGAGGAUCUAUGGAUGUUGAUUCGACGAUUUGACAAGCAAGUCUAUAAUGUCAAAGCCGUUUCCGAAGCACCCCUUCAGAACCUGGAUUUGACUCGAGCGGAUGAUGAUGAGUUCUCGCCAGAUAAGCUGCGAGCAACUAUUGAACGAUUUUACACCACAAUAUUUGUCAAGCUCACGAGUUUUGUAAAGCACAUUGCGCGGUUACGAUCUUGGAAGGAGACUCGAAGAACGGCAGUCUUCUGCGCAGUCUACUGUAUUGCAUGGCUUCUGGACCUUCUCGUCCCCACAUUUUUCGCUGUCCUGAUCGCCCUGGUCGUGUACCCACCAUGCCGCGCACUCAUGUUCCCACCCGCGCCCAUUGCCUUAGUCGACCAAGAAAAUGGUGGUGUUCAAAAGCCCAAAGCUGGAGUGCUCGGAUCUCAUGACAGUAUAACGGGGGCUCCACAGAAUUUCAAGGGUGAAGCAGCUGAGCAAGAGGCUAGCAACUUGAUUGCAGGUGUUGCUAGCGUUGCCGUAGGUAGCGCGGCCGGGAAACACGACCAAGGGAUACCAGACGAUGCACCUUUAGAAAACUCUGUCCCUGAUGCUACAGAUAUGGUCUCUCACUCUGCAGAUGCUCGGAGCAAAGCACAUGGCCAUGUGCCGUCCGAUCAUCAUGAUAAAACUCGACAGCCUAUGAAGGAAUCCGUUAUGGACGGCGCUAACACGCUGAUGCAAAUCAUUGCCGAUGUCACAGAUGUGUUUGAAAAGUUUGAGAAGUCAGUAUUUGACCUGUAUCACCCUCUUCAUAUCUACUCUUUUGUUGACAAGCCCAGCGCCCUAUCUCCCACGCCACCAUUUCCACGAGUCACACCUCGCUUGCGACUGGCAGCUGUGUUGGUUCCAGCAUGCCUUCUGUCAGCUUGCACCCCUAUCUACUUAUUCUCAAAACUGGCCGGAUUCAGUGUCGGCUUUGCGUUCUUCGGUGAUCCAAUCCUUAGGCGUGGCCUAGCCAUCCUCAACCAGGAUUUCCCUCGUUGGCAGAAGAUCUUCGAAUUGCAAAAGCAACUCAAUAGCUCGCUGCUCAAAGGGAUUCCAACCAAUGUGCAGCUUACUCUGACCCUCUUGCGCAUUGGCGAGGCCAAUGCAUCGCCUUUGCCGCCACCCCCGACCUCCAGAUGCAAACCUCCGUCCCGACCGGCCUCACUCCAUCACGAAGAGCUUACAUUAGGUGCUACCAAUGAAGAAAUUCACCGAGCGGUCACAGCUCAGCCAACUAACCCAUACCAAGGACCACAAUUGUCGCCCGAAACUCCCCACAGGAAGAACUUCGCCUCCAGGAUUGUCAGUUUCUUCCGUGGAACUACUGCAACAGGCGUUGAGAGCAAACAAGUCAUUGAUCGAAUGCGAGCAGUUGUCGGUUCUCACCAUGCCAAGAACCGGGUUGGUGUUUUGCGCCCAAAGGGACGCACUGCAACUCCCGUUGGCCCUGUGGAUUUCGACGCUCGAUACAAGGGAACCCAUGGGGCUGUGGUUAUUGACUCGACACAGGAACCCCCCGUUCUUUACUUCACAACCGACAUUCCGCAGACUGGAGAUCUCUAUGUGGGGAAUCGCAAGAAAGGCUCUGUGUUAUUCUCUGUUCCUGUUACGGAUAUCCGGGAAAUGAGAAAGCUCGGCGGGAUGGGCUGGAAAGGGAAACUUGUCGUCGGGUGGGCGAUUGGUGAGAAGGAGGUUGUUGAUGGUUUGCUUAUCGUGGGCAAGGAUCCCAGGCAAUCAUACCAGUUAACGGCCAUGGGCAUGAGAAAUCAACUGUUCAACCGGUUGAUUGCUAUCGAUGGACAGGUUUGGGCGAGCUUUUGA